CUUGUAGGCGGGGUAGGGUUGUGGUAUGUAGCGAGUGGUGAGUCUCACUGCCAGUAGUACGCCAAUUCCCGAGUCUCAGCCUAAUGUCCACGCCUCCUGCAUCCCCAACUCCUUUGGUCCCGGUACGUUCGCCCAGUGGUGUGGUGCUCUCGCGCUUGAAAGCGGACGUCCUCAUAUGGUGGCCUCCUUUUCAUACAAUAGCUUGUUUUGAAUCAAGGGUAGUCGGGCCUGUAACAUCGGACACCCUUCUCUGCUGGCUCAACAUGCUCGCCGAUGUCAGUCAGCAUGGCACUCUGACGGUUCGGAGAGUCUGGGUGCGGCAACGGGCACCGUUUCGGUUUUCUGCCAAGCCAUUGGAAGCGAUCGCUCCUGCUGAUGUGCUAGAUCGUGGAGACUACGGUCUCUUCUAUGUAGAGGCCGAUAACGACCCUGACUUUACAACACCAAUACUGCCCUUUGAUGGGCUCAAUCGGCGUCCUUCACUAGAAGCCAUGAAGAGAUUAUUUGACAAUUGGGUAACACCCGCCGCGAUAGCAAGGGUUCAAAGCUACAAUAUAUCCGAGGAAUUGAUAGAAGCGGCAUCCCGGCGCGACGGCGGGAAGUGCCUGCUCACAGGGUGUACAUCAUCGCAGGAUAGUCCUGUUGAUGUGUAUUGGAUAUUCCCUCCAGGAAUGGUUGACCGCAUCACGACGCUUCAGGGGAAGAGAGCCGGCCACUUGCCACCUCUCACGGAGUUCUUUAUCGAGACUGACAAUUUGAUCACCGUUCGAAGCGACAUCUAUGAGCUGUGGCACAAGAACGCUUUCAGCGUUGACGUUGAUGAUGGCUGUCGAAUCCGUAUCCUCGCUGAGGAAGCCAUGAAAGUUGGCUUACCCGAUCGUCUCGCACCAGUACCAAACAGCUCUGCAUUGGACUAUUUCCGCGAACACUUCCGUCAUACUCUGUGUGUCAAGUUCCUCGGCGGGUGCAUCACCGUGGAUGCGACGACAAUCAAUGAAUUUUUGGUCGAAAUUGGCCUCGACGAGGAAGGGACUAUCGACGACUCCUCAGACAAGUUAUUCCAAAUGCUCAUAGAGAAGGGGUAUUUCGAGAAAGUGAUGAGGGAAAGAUUGGGACGCUAAAGUAUGGAGAGGAACGGCCCGCGCGCAUGGUGCGAUAACUGAACAUACUUAUCACACGCACACUGUUAUGUAGUAGUCUGUCGUUGUGUUAUCGCGAAUUACGAGCGCGUCCUUGGCGGAGGUUCGCUACUGCAAC